AUAGGAUUUUUUUAUUUAGUAAUUGGCCUCUGCGGAGGAGGUUGUAUCAAAACAAAAUUAUUUUGAAGGCCGUUCAGUGGUUUCGUUAGCUGCAAGAUGGCGUUUUGGUUUAAAAAAAGGAAAAGAGAUCGGAUAAAAAAGAUCGUCGCUCAACAUGAGAACUGGCUUCGUUUUGUUACGUUGAUUAUACAUGCAGGAACAGCUGUUUUGAGAGAUAUCUUUCACUGUCAAGGUUCGAAACCAACCAACCCGGAAUUGUUAUAUAUAGACUUAAAGAUAUACAAGAAUAAAUUAAGCAAAGACCUUUUUAAAGACGAAUAUAAACUUGUAUUUCCAAAGUCAAAGAAGAGUGAUUCUCAAGAAUUUGACAUAGCUUUGUUGAAGAAACUUAUUCGUAUAUGUACGACAAUUGCAAAGCCGAAAACCGGCUGGGAUGCAAAAGACCUAAAAGAAAAUGAUCAUACAACUUCGGCAGACAUUGUUCGUCUACAUGAAUGGCGAAACGAGACAAUGCACACUACGGGACGAAUGUCAACCAAAAUCUUCAACAAAAAAUGGGAGCUGGCAAUGAAUGUUUUAAGAAGACUUGGUUAUAACGUCAAAGAGGUUCAAGGACUGAAACGUGGAAAUCUAGACGAGAUGGAGUAUUUUAAGGUCGCGCUUAUACAAGCCCAACUGGAGGAUUGGAAAGAUUGUCUCGAUAUGUGUGAGAACGAAAUAGGUAACUUAUCGGAUACUGUUGGAAACAAUACUGCACGUAUCGAUCAAAACAGAGAUUCCAUUGCGUUGGCACAAAAACAAGAGCAGAGACUUUCAGCUGACUUGACAGCAGAAAUUAACUUGAGACAGCAAUCCCAUGAAAAGCUUGCACGCGACAUGCAAAAGUUGAAAACAAGUCUUGUUUUUCAAGAUAAAAUUACAGCGUUGGAACAAAAGUUUGAAGAACUCCUCGAAAAACAGAAAUUGAUGCACAUAGAAAAUUUAACAAGCCCGCUCUCAAGUUUUUCUCAAGGCGUAACAAAGAAAAACACUGAAGCUUGUAUUCCUGCCCCACUCAUCGCUAGAAAAAUAUACAUGCACGAAUCCACGAAUUCAUUAUUUAAAAGUUCAUCUAAUCUAGCAGAGUGGACAGAUAAAAAGCGACGGAAAGGGUCCACUAGUAGCUUGGAAAGUAGCACCUCUUUUCAAGGAGUCAGAAAAAGAUCGUUUUGCUCAAGUAGUUCCAAUUUGUUACGUUCUGCAAGCAUGAAGAGUCUUCACAAUGUAGUCGCUGCGACAUCACACUCGAAUGCGUCUUGCUCGUCGCUGAAUAUGGAAGCAGACCACUACAGCUCUAUUCUGUAUCCUGAUGUUACAGUUCAAAACGAAGAUAAUAAUAAUGGGUGUCUGUGUGGUUGUUAUCGCCGUCAAAAAAAGAAAAGGAGAAAAGGUGACAUGUAUGAAAAGCUGAUGUAGUAAAAUUGGCGUGUCAACAAUAGUAGCCUAGGUAACAUUUUUUGUGAUGACGUAUGUAUAAAAAAGUAUUUGGUUUGUUCGCUUAAAAAGAAUGUAAAUAGCAUGUAAAUAUAUAUUUUAAAAACGUUGACACGAGCCUAACCUUGUUAUCAAGUUGUGAUUAGCUAUGUUUGUUAAAAGACAAAGCAUGUAAAUACAUUUUGCACAUGCUUAUACGAGGCUUGCCUCGCUAUUAUGUUCUGAUGACGUCAUAUGUGUAAAAUUUUGUGUUGAGAUUGAAAGGCCGUGCUCGUUUUUAGAGCAUAGCCGCCUUUAUUUUUAAGGGGAUGAUUUUUUUUAAGGGACUGAAUUUUUCGCUUUUUGUUUAUAUGUGAUCAUCACGCAUUCUAAAAAACGAAAAAGAAACUUCGAUGACGAGAUUGGGUGGGAUAAUAUUGGCUUUCAAUAAUCUCCCAUUUUUGUAGUAACACGGGUAUGUUGGAGUAUAAAUAUGCUCCUUUAUUUUUGAUGUACAGUUGAUAUUUUUGGUUUAUUUUUCGAAAAUGCUGUCAAAGUUUUUAGGUUUAGAAACAAAAAACGUAUAAACGCCUAUCCGGCCGCCCAAGAUUAAACUUUGUAAGCAAGUCUCUUUUUGACGAUCUUUCUUUAUCGAGAAGAUAUGGGGACAUAAAAUAGUGACAUUUUAUAGUCAGCGAUGUUUAUUUUUUUAUACCUUGUCAGAUAUGUACAUUUGUAACAUAUGCAUUAUUUUGUAGAUAAAUACGUAAAUACACUUCUUAUUUCCACUUUGACUCUCACUAGAAAGCACAGAUGGUAUUAUUAGAUCCAGUCCCUUUAUCAGUGUGACUUUAGCCUUUAGAUCUUCAAAAUCCUUGAGUACAUUCUGGAAGAACAGGAGACUUCCUUAUAGGAAAAAGCUUGUAGACUUCGUAUCAACUGGCUCUGUCGUGCCGCUUAACAUGACACGGCCUAUCUCGACUGUGGAAAACCCAAAUUAUUGUUAAAGCUACUUUCUUGGAAAUCUUGGCGGAAUUCUGUUCUCCCAGGUUGGCUGUACUUUAAUAAAACGAUACGCCGAACCGAGGUUUUGUUUUAGGAAGAGGAGGAGGGUAAUAAAGAUAGCAUUUCCGUGAACUUCUCUUGAAGAAUGUGACAAAGCUGCAAAGAAUCUUACACAAAUGACAGUUUCUUAGUAUCAAAAUAUUAAACUUAUUUUAUUCGAAAUAAAAGGUUGGCACGCCAAACACAACAUGUUGUGCAAGCUAAUGAGUUUGCAAUUUCAUUAAAAACUAACGUUAAUUUUUUUUUCAGAAUAAAAGAGAUAGAGAAAUGUUCCUUCUGGCACAGUCGACGUCGACCAAAGGGAAAUUCCCUAUAAUGCCAAUAACCAACACAAAAUAAUAUGAAAUCUAUAUAAUAAUACGCCAGUUCCGUGUGUCUGUCUGUCACUUUUGCAAAGUGGAUUACAUUCUUCAAAAUUUUCUUUAACAAAUUCUAUAAAACAUCGCCUAUAAAAUUGUUCUGUAA